UAUAUAAAUUCAAAUUUUCAUUUUACACAACUCAGUACUAAUUCAAAAUGCACAUCAUUCGCCAAUUUUCUGGUUUAGUGUUGGUAACAGUUUAUUUUAUUUUGGCAAUUAGCAGUUUCAACGUAGCAUUCUGUGGAAGCGACGGAUGGGAAAAGAUUUAUGCGAACAAACAUUCAUCGAUUAUACCUCUCCAUCGCUAUGGAGGAAAAAGCUAUUACAUGGGUACUCAAUUCCACGCAACAUACUUCGAAGCACUUAUGUUUUGUGAACAAAUAAAGAUGAAGCUUUUAACAAUACGUUCUGCCGACGAGAACGAGAGGAUUCACAAAUAUAUCAGAGAAGCCAGCAAAGGAACCGAAUACUGGACAGCUGAUACUCGGUUAGUUGAUGGAUUCAACUUUCUAUGGCUACCCUAUGGAGAACCCGUCAACUACACCAAAUGGUCGAAUGGGCAGCCUUCUGAUGUGAAUGAGAAGUGUUUACAAUUGUGGAUGAUAGGAGAUCGCCUAAAAUGGAAUGAUAGGCCCUGUGAUAUCAGAUUCAAUUUCAUUUGUGACAGAUUUGACUGUGAAACCGCAGCAUCAGUGUAGAUCACAAUAAUCGAAAUUCAAUAUUGAAAU